UACAAGUCUGCAAGUCGAUGAUGGGUUUGCUCCGAAGAGGAUCUCGCGCGGAGCGUUUCGCAAAUGCUGAUUACAGCCUGUAAAGAUACAGAAAGAGAGAAUUCGGAGCAAAGCCGUCAAUGUGCAGCCUUUUCCCUACUGCCAACAGUUAGUGAGUCAGUCAGUCAGUCAGUCAGUAUCAAAUCACCGCGGCUGCUUGUGCGGUGCGGGGUAGUCCAACAGUUUGCCACUACAACCACGUGCUGGUUGUGGCUACAAGCAGUGCUGUAACAGUAUUGUACUUAUAGCUAUGCCGAUGCGAAUAAUUCACGAAAAAUAGUUUGAACAUGGUGAGGUUUGGUGUUAACCUUGAGUGGUGAGUCCCGAUCCUUGAACUCUGGCUUCAAAGGGAUUAUGGACAUUUUUUUGCACACUUAGGACACGAACCGUAAUUCUGCUUGAUACUCUACAGUGCGUGGAUUUCUUAUCUUGGAAAGUGGCUGCUGCUGACUACUUAGUUUUAUUCAUUGUAAUCGGUAUUACAUUAACAAAUUCCAAGCGGACAGUACCUCAUGCGGUAUUGAUUUUCAGUCCAUCGAUCAUUUCAUCCAAAGUUCUUGCCAUUUCGAGAACAACUAUAAUGAGAUCCUGUAUCGGCCAACGGAAUAACCUAUGGGGACAAUAUUUUUAAUGGAAAUAUUUAGGUGAACGGAAAGUUUUAUUUUUAUUUAUUUUUAUCGAUAAAUAGGGAAGAAUAGUUAAUUGUGAUGUAAUCGGACUUUAUGUGAUUUUUUAAACUAUAUUCGUGUGAGUGUCUUUAUUGUACAUCUAUUCUCGGAUCUCAAUAACUACUUUGAAGUGUAUUUUUUUAUCUUCACGUCGCUGUUCGUUUUUUUUUUUUUUUUUUUUUUUUUUCGACACAAAUAUUUUGCUGUUUGAAUAUAAAUAUAAAUAAAUAACAAACGGCGAUCGCAAAAUGGCACACGAGCCGGUAAAGAACAGGAUAAAAAAAAACAUGGUAGUGGAAAAUUGCCGAAAAUCAGAAAUCGACAAAGAGGACGAAGGAAUUACACCGCCGGACGGCGGAUGGGGAUGGGUCAUCGUAUUUGCAUCGUUUAUGAUACACGUCAUCACUGACGGAGUUACGUAUUCCUUUGGAUUAUUUUACAUCGCAUUUCUCGAUUACUUCGAGGAAGGGAAAGGCAAGACGUCUUGGAUCGCGUCGCUCCUCGUCGGCAUCACGUAUUGUUCAGGACCCAUAUCCAGCUCUUUCGUAAACAAAUACGGAUGCAGGACAGUUACUAUCGCUGGAACCAUACUUGCCAGCACUUCUCUACUGGCUAGCGUUUUUGCUCAAAAUAUCUUGACGUUAUAUUUUACAAUAGGAAUUGGCACAGGUAUCGGCUUCGGGCUGAUAUACUUACCAGCCAUUGUCAGCGUGACCUGUUACUUCGAAAAGUAUCGUUCCCUGGCAACAGGAAUAGCGGUGUGUGGUUCCGGUUUGGGUACUCUCGUGUUCGCGCCUUUGACAGGACUUUUGAUAACAACAUACGGAUGGCGUGGCGCGACGUUAAUUAUAUCAGCAUUGGUUUUAAACUGUAUAAUACUCGGUGUGCUUAUUAGGCCACUGGAAGCACCAAAGAAGGAUAUUUCACUGCAGAGUUUACAUUUCAAAGAGAAUGGAUCUAUCGUCAAAGUCGCUGGUGAAAAUGAACGGAAAGCGUUACAAGCGGCUGGUGGCAAAGAUCGGAACAAGAGUAACGAACGUCAAGUAAAGUACACCGCGGUUAAAAUGGAAGACGAUGUUGGUAAUAAUUUGCGUGCAGCAUUGAGCCAGCCGAUUCUGUUGACAAAAAGUCUUGGCCAUCACACCCAAACCAUGACCCGAUCAUACGGUAGCUCGAUAAUGAAUCGGCGGGACAUAUUCUACCAAGGAAGUUUAGAUAACGUUCGAGCUAAAUCGUACGUAUCUGACAAUACUGAAAUGAGAAUGCGGAGUUAUUACGGAUCUCUGGAGAACAGUGUUGAAAAUGUGAGAAUGCACUCGUCGUUGCGCAGCUUACCGAAUGGGAAUACAAAACAUUCCGAUAACUAUGAAAGUCCUUCAAACGCUGAAGAGAAUGUAGACAUAUUUUGUGAGAUGUUGGAAUUCUCACUAUUGAAGGAUCCUGUAUUUGUACUGUUCACACUUUCCAACUUCUGCACCAGUAUUGGGUUUAAUGUUCCCUACGUGUAUUUAGCGGCUCAAGCUGAGGAGCGAGGAAUCCCCGCGGAAGACGCUAGCUGGUUACUGGGCAUUAUUGGGAUAGCAAACACUUUGGGCCGUAUUAUUCUCGGUUACAUAUCCGACAAAACCUGGAUCAACCGUCUUAUAGUCUACAACUCAUGUCUCACUAUCUGCGGUAUCGCUACUGGAUUCAGUUCUCUUUGCACGACUUUUACUGCGUUUGCUUUCUACUCGGUUGUGUUCGGAGUUACGGCUGGAGCAUACGUUGGUCUUACAUCUGUGAUUCUAGUAGAUUUACUGGGCUUGGAUCGCCUGACAAAUGCCUUUGGACUUCUUUUACUUUUUCAAGGACUUGCAUCUCUGCUGGGUCCACCAAUUGCUGGGUGGCUGCAUGAUGGAUUGGGAAGCUAUGAUCCAGGCUUUUGGGUUGCUGGGUCGAUGAUUGCGAUUAGUGGCCUCAUGCUAUUUUUUAUACCUGUACUCCAGAGGUACUUACGAAAGAAAGCAGAAAAGUCGCAAAGGAUAAGCGUUGUAUUCUAGCAUAAAUUACUGUACAUAAGCCAACAACUGAAAAAGAAUGGAAACGGAACGAUUAACAGAAUUAUGGAUCCCGUUUCUUUAGGUCCCCGAAUUAAGCAUGUUUCAUUCCAAUAAGAAACUGUACGUUGCGGUAAUCUAAAGAAACGUGUCACGAUUAUAUACUUUUUUAUUUAUUCUUUAAGGCAAUUGAAAUAAACAAAAAUAAUUUCUCAGA